UUCAGUCAAGCAACACCUCACUGUUAUUACAACCUGCGAUCUAGCGUGAGAUACAGUUGUGUUAGUAAAAUUCUGUUGGAGUUCUACUUCUUACCAAAGAUGUUUGUAGUGUUUAUAACCUUCUCAGCUGUUUUGGUCCUAACUGGAGCUUUGCCUUUUAGUAGUCGUUUGGGACCAAAUCUUUCAUCUGCCACGAUAAAGACUCCUGCUUAUGUUACCAGAUCAACAACUCUUUCAUCUACAAUGACAACCAAGCCUGUCAAUUUGACCAGAUCAACAACUCAAACAUCUACAAUGAUAACCACACCUGUCAAUUUGACCACCCCGCAAACAAUGGCAUCUGAAGAAUCAGGCCCUGAUGCCUUCCCUAUUGCAGGUGUUGCCAUUGGAGUUUUGUUCCCCUUUGCAGGAGUCAUUGGGCUCGUGGUUCAUUUUUGCUUCUAAUGUGCAGAAACAAGUUAUGCUCCAGUUUGAUUAAGAAUAACUGUUGCUACACUUUAUUUUAAGUAUUUAUUCAUUAAACAUCUUUGUUGCUCAAUUAAAAAAAUGUAUUCUUAUUUUUCCAGUGUGCUUGUCUUUAAGAUUCAUAUUUCUCUUAAUGUUUAUUGUUACCUUACUGUUGGGAAAUUAAUACUUGAAUUAACAGCAGUCAAUUUCUAUGAUUGAAAUGUUCCUAGCUUGAGACAGUUACUUGCACCUUAUAAGGUAAGGUUUUUAACGCUCAAAAUUAAGUGAAAAAAUAACAGAUGAGAAAGUCUGACCAUAUUGUUUCAUGUCCUUUUUAGGACAAUGGUAAAUGAUUAUGAUUCCUGGGGUAGUGAGUUUGUGAGUUUUUUGAACCCGUUGUUGUUUUCUAUAUUACGGGUCGAAUAUGAGUAAAAGACGUGUAAACGAUAGUUACAGGGCGUGUUGUUGACAGCUUGUUUGGAGGUUGAUAACAAGAUUGUAAAAACUGCAAUACAGAUGUUAGAAACACCGUACCCAUUGUUUUAGUUUAAUGUGGUACUUCUUGAGCAUAAGAAUUACUAUGGACAAAUGAAUUCGACUUCAACAUUUGAGGGCA